AUGCCACCAUCAACACUAAGCAAAGCUAUCCACUUCGGCCCUUUCGCCGUAACAUCCCAAGUCUUCUACAAAACACCCCUCUCCUUCUGCCUCGUAAACCUCAAACCCUUAUUACCAGGCCACAUCCUCGUUUGCCCUCUCCGCCGCGUCCAACACAUCGAUCAGCUCAGCGCAAACGAAGUCACGGAUCUCUUCAGCACAGUACAAUUGGCGUCGCGGACAUUGAAGCGUGUGUACAAUGCUUCGGCGUGCAAUAUAGCGAUACAGGAUGGCGAGGCUGCUGGACAGAGUGUGCCGCAUGUGCAUGCGCAUUUGAUCCCUAGAAAGGGUGGUGAUAUGGAUGCGCAGGGUGGUGGAGACAAACUCUAUGAGCAAUUGGAGGGUGAGGAGGGGGACGUUGGUAGACAUCAGAGAGAUGAGGAAGGGAUGAGGAAGGGUAAAUUCCCCAAAGUUGAGGAUGACAAGAGAAAGCCUAGAAGUAUGGAAGAGAUGGAAAAGGAGGCUCGCUGGCUUGCUGAGGAGAUACAGAAGGAUGCACAGAGCUUCACCAACGAGUCGUUCUUGUAG